AUGGCGCAGAACACCGAAAUUCCAAAGAGACCCAAGGGUAUUCUAAAGAACUCUAGUUCUCAAAACCGCCUCCAUGUUUCGCACGACGACGUUCACGUCCACGUCCAUCAUAGCCCAUCCCCACCUGCCGACACCAAGGAACUCACCUUGCAAAAUACGCUCCAAAAUGCCGGUCGUCGCCCGUCUGCCUCUUCCCGGCGCACGUCUCUCGCCAGCUCCCACGGUCACCAUGACGACGCCUCACCCCGCCUUAAGUGGGAUGAGGCCAACCUGUACCUGGCGGAACAGGAAAAAACGGCGAAGAUGAAAAUUGACGAGCCCAAGACCCCGUAUGCGCCGCACUAUGACCCCGCCGAGGACGAGGAGGAGAUGAGACUUGCAGAGGCGCAGGAGAGCCUGAUCAAUGCGCAGGGCGUUGUCGUGGACGAGCUAGAUAAGGAUAAGAAGCCGCCGUCGUCUUCCUCUACUUCCAAGAAGUUCUCUGAGGAUGACAUUCCCGAGCUAGAACUGGGCGAUCCCGAAGAGGAGCUCACGCAUGGGACACAUCUUGAUGCUGACGAUCGGAUUACACGUGCGCGCAGUUUGAGCAAUGAGUCCCAUCGCAGCGAUAAGCAUGUCGUCGUUGGCGCGAACGAUUCCGGCGAGACGAAUGGUGAUGAGCUCUUGACACCUGAGCAGGCGAAGGAGAAACAUGCGCAGUUCGAAAAGCAGCGGAGGAAGCAUUAUGAAAUGCGGAAUAUCAAGGAACUCCUGGCACACCCCGAGGAGUUGGAUGAAAUGGACGAAGACGAAGACGAUGAAGACACCAACUCUGGCGUUCCACCUCCCAUGCCGCAAAUUCCGCAGCAGUUUGUGAAUGGCGGCAAGUGA